AUGUCAGCUGAUGGCCACAUGGUACUGUACGCUACAUUCAACGACAGUCUGGUACACGAGCAAAAGUACCCCUGGUACGGAGCCGCAUUGGACACCGAUGAUCCAUCCAAGACGUAUCCUGAGAUCAGGAGUGUCCGAUACCCCAAACCUGGGACCAACAAUCCAACUGUAACCCUCACGGUGGCAGACAUCGCGGACCCUAAACACAUACGCACCAGGCAUCUCACACCGCCCAAGGCUAUAUUAGAAUCAGGGGACUACUAUUUUACCAGCGCACAGUGGGUGUCGCUGACAGAAGUAUGUGUGGUGUGGCUGACUAGGACACAGAACUUAUCUGUGGUCUCCGUAUGCAAGAGCCCUAUGUGGUACUGUCUGGAGUUAUACAGGAUAUCUUCAGGCAACGACGGUUGGGUGGAAUCUGCACCCUCCCCUCUGUGGUCAGCGGGGGGUGGAGCUUUAGUUACACUGGCCCCGAUAAGAGAUGGGCCAGCGGGUCUCUUCAGGCACAUAGUGAGAACAGAACACAACGCUCAUGGUCCGAGAGCGUUGCCACUGACACACGGCAGCUUCGACGUGGUGAAGCUGCUCGCUUGGGACCAUACGAACCAACACAUAUACUACUUGGGAAUACCCGAGGGGAAACCAGGACAACAACAUUUGUACAGAGUGUCUUCCGAACCGCCUCGGCCUGGCUCACCGCAGAAGUUGCCUUACUGUGUGACGUGUAAUUCACAGCCAUCACCAGCAAUAAACUUAGAGUAUUACGGAAAUCUGGCCUCGUCUGGGGACAGCAGUUGGGAUGCCGACUGGGAUGAGGAACCGCCAGCUACAUCCCCCUCCCCUUCUAAGAAGAAGAAGAAAAAACAUCCAGACGGUCUACCUCAAAAUCUCCCGUGUUUGUACCAUGAGGCAUACUUCAGCCCGUCUUCUGCGUACUUCGUGCUGGAGUGUCUCGGGCCAGGAGUACCAACAUCUAGUCUUCACAAAAUAUCUCUUCCAGAACCAAGGAUGAUCAUGCACUUGGAAAAUAACACAGCAGUAAAGUCCAACUGUCUAGUGGACACGCAGCGAGGGUCCGUCUGCUUCUACCACCAGGCCUCAGAGAGGAUGAGUCAUGGCGCUCCUGGCACUCAAGUGGUAACGGAGCGUUGGUCUUUGGACUGGUGCAGUGUAGCGGCGGGCGCGGGAGCUGUGGUGGCGGCGGUGGACGCGCGGGGCGCGGGCGGCAGGGGGCUGGCUGCCCACCACACGUUGCACAGGAGGCUGGGCACUGUGGAGCUGGCAGACCAGCUCGAAGUGGCUGAGUAA